UGUUUGCAUUCCACGGACCAACAACAACAGUCCCGAAAUCGCCAGAAUAUCGUUUUCCCGACUUAAGAAGCUUUGAACAUCACCCCCAAGAAGUUCGUCCUGAACCGAACCCGUUCGUAAGGAUGAGAGCCUUUGUAGUGUUGAGUUGCUGUUUGGCUCUGGCUUCUGCAAGACCGGAAGCCGGGUACUCAUACAGCCGUCCCUCGUCGGGCGGAGGUUCCCACGGGGGUUCGUUCUCGGGUGGCCACGGAGGUGGUGGCGGUGGCGGUGGUUUCUCCGGAGGCCACGGAGGCGGUGGCGGUGGUGGCUUCGCCGGAGGUCAUGGAGGUGGUUUCGGCGGUGGUUCUUCGUUCAGCAGCGGAGGCGGAGGCGGUGGAUUCUCGUCCUUUGGAGGUAGCGGAUUCGGAGGAUCAUCCUUCAGCUCCGGCAGUAUCAGCUUAGGCGGCGGCGGCGGCGGCGGCGGUGGCUUCGGAGGCGGUAGCUUCUCGGCUGGAGGCGGUGGCGGCGGCGGCGGAUUCGGCGGUGGUUCCUCCGUUAUCCAGAAGCACAUCUACGUGCACGUUCCACCACCAGAGCCAGAGGAGAUCCGUCCUCAGCGACCCAUCCCAGUUGCCCAGGCCCAGAAGCACUACAAGAUUAUCUUCAUUAAGGCCCCAUCCGCCCCAGCCUACCAGGCUCCGAUCAUCCCCGCCCAGCCCCAGAACGAAGAGAAGACUCUGGUCUACGUGUUGGUCAAGAAACCAGAAGAUCAGCAAGAUAUCAUCAUCCCAACGCCAGCCCCAACUCAGCCCAGCAAGCCAGAGGUUUACUUCAUCAAGUACAAGACCCAGAAGGAGGGUGGCGGUGCUGGUGGCGGUAUUGGAGGCGGUAUUGGUGGAGGCAUUGGAGGAGGAAUCGGAGGCGGUAUCGGAGGAGGCUUCGGUGAUGCUGGUGGUGCCACUGGUGGUGGUCAUGAUGGUGGAAUCGGCGGAGGAAUCGGAGGAGGAAUCGGAGGAGGAAUUGGUGGAGGCAUUGGAGGCGGUGUUGGCGGAGGACACGGUGAUGGCCUGAGUGGAGGACACGGAGGAUCAACUGGACCAUCGGCCCAGUACGGACCACCUGGCAAGUCCGGACCAUACUAAAGAGACAGCGGAAAACCUUUGGCCAUUGAACGGAUUCCGGACCACGUAGCUAGUCGAAAUACACAACAAAUCACCCAAGCAAACACAGGCGCGAAUGGAGUCGUUCGCGACCCGCACACAUUCGAUUGUUGACUUGCUGAAGUGCUUCCGGUUUCGUGGACGGAGGCGCCUUGGACAUCUUCAACCUGGAAACCGGAACGCCAAAGCCUCUGUUGUACAUAGUUUUCCUUCAGUGAGAAGAAAAAUGAUUUUUCUUAGAAUGUAGGAAUUAUUUUUACAACUUAUUAUAAUUGUAAUCAUGUUUUUAGAAGAAAAAAUGCAAUUAAAAACGGUGACA